GCCGCUAACAGGAUACAGAGGGAGGGAGGGGCAUGUCCACUUUGCAAGAUGCUUAUUUGGAGCACAAUGUUGAGCAAGCAUUUCCAGCGUCAGGUGAAAUCACUGUGUGUGUUCUGCCGUCAUGAGGACAGGGGGUGUGAGUGGCUGGGAGAGCUGGCUGCCUUUCAUACUCACUUCCAAUCUUGUCCCAAGUCAUAUGCUCUACAAACGACUGAGUAUGUAAGUGCAGCAACAGGUACAGAGAGUUCGCUUAAUGCCACAAGCAGACAUACACAACAGGAGGAACAGCCCCAAUCCUACAAGAAGCCAAAUGAAGAGCUAGAAAAGUGGGCCCUACAGCAACUUGAACAAAAGCUAGCAGAUUUAGUACGCACACAAAGAGAAGUUGCAUUGGCUCAGGAGAACCUGGACAAAGUUCAAGAAGGACAGCUACAAACUCCCAGCUAUUUGACACAGGUAACAUAAAACUCUCUACAAUUAAUUUACAUAACCUGACUUAUCUAUUAUACCCUACAGUCACACCAAAUUGUGGCUAUAGUCGGCAGGCCAUAUGGGGUGGCUUUUUUCAACCAAUCAGAGAAGAUGAUUGUCAGUGGGUGGGACGAAAGCACAGUCUUCUGCUUUGAAGACAUAUUUAACCAAACCCCUUUAAUUAAGGAUUUAUUAAAACCUGCAGAUUUAGCGACUGAUAGUGAUGACA